AAUAUUAUUUUAUUUGUGUAUAUGUAAGUAAGUUGUAUCUGUAUCUUUUUCUCUUCUCUAUACAUGUGUAUUAGAUACAACAAAAAAUAUAAGCGUGAAGCAAAAUCGCGUAACCAUAUCAUCAUAGCUUUUGUAUUGUGCCAUAAACGAACUACUUCUCAUAACGCAAACAGCUUCGGACUUAUACGAUCGAAAAAUUACCUAUUACAAAAAUUUUUAUACUCUUUUCUCUAAAUAAUAAUAAAAAAAAGAAAGAAAAACAAAAAAAAAAUUGUUUUUAUUAUAUUUAUAGUACCUACCGCCAAAACGGUUUGUUUCUUUGCUGUUUUGAGUAUACAAUCAUCACUACUAUUUUUUCUUCGAUAUAAUACAAUUCACACUCUCUCUCUUUUUUUUGAAAAAAAUUUUUUUUUUCUUGAUUUUAUAUUCGUUUUUGUGGCGAGAUACUUUGACACUAUAAUUUUGUGUGUUUGUUGGUGAAUUCCAUUUUCUAUCUAUUAUUAUCGUCGUAUAGUCUCGUCUUGUGGUUAUUUUGUUGUACGGAUCAUCGUCAUCGCAUCUUUAAGAUAUACCUACCAAAAAAAGCAGCUAGCCAGUAAGGUUAUCUCAUCAUCGUCAUCAUCGAGAGCCAGUAUCACCAACAUCAUCAGCAACCAGUAAACACACACCUUAAAAAACAUCGCAUCGCAGAAUCAGCAAUCAGUCUGUUAAAAAAAAAAAGUUUUAUAUCUUUUUGUUGUUUUUUAAACGCAUCUCGAAUCGCAUCGCGAUCCGCUUCGCAAUCGCCUCAAAAUUGCCAAAAUAUAAAAACAAUUUACACCCAAAAAUAAAAGAAACAUACGAAUUAUGAUAUACAUUGUUUACAUGGCGGGUUAAUUGCUAAAUCAUUUUUAUGAUUCCAAUAAAAAUAAAAAUUCAUAAAAAAUUAUAAUACCGAAAGAUAUCGAGAAAAAAACGAGAAAAAGACGUGACACACUCAACUCGGAUUGUUUUGGGGAACAAAAAAAAAAACUGUCUAAUAAUUUUAUUCGUAUAUUCUUGCUCUGUGUGCGGUUUGUUGUGUGCAAUGAUAUCUAUCUCUAGGUGGAAAUGAAAAUUUAGUACACGGAUAAAUGUGCGUUUCGUUUGUUGUCUAAUUGGCCAUCAAAAUGACCAUAAAAAUUAAAAAAUCAUAAAAUUUUUUUUGUUCAAGAUACAACAGAUUAAAUAGAAAAAGAUACACCUUUUUAACCAAAAAGAUACUUCCCGGUUGUGCUUUUUUUCUAUUUUGAAAAAUUGUUAUAAGAAAAAAAAAUCUAUGAAUCUUUUGUAAUAAAAAAAAAAAGAUACAAUAACCUAUAUCCGAUAGAACCGAGUAUCUAUCUAUCUUAUUUGUGAUGAAAAUGAAAAAGUGAACAACAGUGUUGUCCGCCGCAAUAGAUUAAGUAUCUAUAUAACCAUAAAAAAAAAAAUUCAUGUCUAUUUCCCUCAUCAGAAUUUUUUUAUUACCGCACUUAAAUAAAAAGUGAACAGAUACAAAACAAAGAAAACAAAAAAAAUCUAAGUGUUUAAUGUUUGUUUUGUUGUACUUAAUUUCGAACGUACACGUGCUAUAUGGACACUAUUUUUUCCAUCAAUUAUAAAUUUUUAUCGCGAUUCGAAUGAAAUUGAAAAAUUGAAAAUCCAUCAGCAAAAACUCCUUCCAUGCGCGCAAUAAAAAAUUAAAUUAAAAAUUUUCUAUAAUUGAAAAUAGAUUUUUUUAACGACAAGCAAAAACGCAAAUCUUAAAAACUAAUUAAAGUAUGCUACCAAAGUAUCCACAGUUUCAACCAUUUAUAAGUUCACAUUUAACAAGUCAACAAAAUUCAUCAUCAGCAGCCGCCGCCGCAGCAGCCGUCGCAUCAGCAACAGCCGUAGCCGUCGCCGCCGCCGCACACCAACAUCAAAAUCAUCAAAUUCAGCAUCAACAGCAAUUGCAUCAUCAUCAUCAGCAACAACAGCAGCAGCAACAACAAUUGCAACAGCAACAAUCAGCCGCAGUCGUUGCAGCAGCAACAGCUCAUCAACAGCAGCAACAAUUACAACAACAACAACAAUUAAGUUCCAAUUCACCUGUAUCCUCAUCUUCGCCAGCUACAUUUGGCCAUUCACCCGGUUCAAGUAGUAAUAAUACAUCGAGUAGUUAUUCAUUAAACGCCGCCGCCGCAGCAGCAGCCGCAGCAGCAGCCGCUGCAUUUCAAAAUCAUAAAGUCAUAACAAGUGCGGCAGCAGCAGCAAGUUCAAACGGUCUAUCACCGUCGCCAGCACAUCAUCAUUUAAGUUCGACUGCUGAAGGGAGUCCUUUGAGGAGCAGUGCAGAUUCAAAUAAUAGUCCUAAUUCGUUUGCUAUACCAACUAGUAAGAUGUAUCCUUACGUAUCAAAUCAUCCCACAUCGCAUGGUGGUUUGACAGGAAUGCCUGGGUUUUCUGGAUUGGAAGACAAAUCUUGCAGGUACACAGAUAGUAUGAUGAACAGCUAUCAGUCAAUGAGCGUACCUGCGAGCGCAUCAAGUUUUGCACAAUUUUAUCAUCAAGCAGCCGCAUCGGCUGUAUCUGCAGCAUCGGCUGGAGCAAUUGGUGUCGAUUCAUUGGGCAAUGCAUGUACACAACCAUCGUCGGGUGUGGUGCCGUCAGCCGGUGCAGGACAAAGUAUUGCCGAUUUACCGCGAUAUCCGUGGAUGACAUUGACGGAUUGGAUGGGUAGCCCUUUCGAACGUGUCGUCUGUGGAGAUUUCAAUGGUUCGUCAAUUAGAUUAUCAGAGAUUCAGGCAUUGCAAGAAAAAUACGAAAAGGAGGACAUUGAGCGACAUGCUUUUAUGGGCUACAAUCAUGACCACAUAUUUUAUUCAUCAGGUCCAAAUGGCUGUCCGAGACGUCGAGGUCGACAAACCUACACACGAUUCCAAACCCUGGAAUUGGAAAAGGAAUUCCAUUUUAAUCAUUACUUAACGCGAAGGCGACGAAUCGAAAUUGCACAUGCACUCUGCCUAACUGAGCGUCAGAUAAAAAUUUGGUUCCAAAAUCGGCGAAUGAAAUUAAAGAAGGAACUGCGAGCCGUGAAAGAAAUCAACGAGCAAGCUCGACGCGAUCGUGAAGAACAAGAGAAAAUGAAAGCUCAAAAUGAAAUGAAAUCCGCCCAACACAAUGCCAAUAAACAACAAGAUCAUCAACAACAUUCAAUUGUGUCACAUAAUUCAUCAGGCCAUCUUCAUCAUCCCGGUUUGAAUGACUCAAAAUUGGGUCUUGGUAUGGGUGUUGGUGUUGGUGGUGUUGGUAGUAAUUUAGGAAUGAUGAGUGCGCUCGAUAAAAGUAAUCAUGAUCUGUUAAAAGCAGUUAGUAAAGUAAAUACAUAAAUAAGUUAUAAUAUAAUAUAUACAAAAAUAAAAAAAAAAUUAUGUAAACCCCUUCCUAUAUACUCCCUAAAAAAACAACAAAAAAAAAAACUUAAAAUAUUAUUAAACAAAAAAAAAAUAAAAUAAAUCCACCUACAUUUUAAAAUUAAAUUAAAAAAUAAAAACAAAAUAUGUUACUGCAAAUGUAAAAUUAUUAAAUUAAACAAAAGAAUUUGCAAAAAGAAAAAAAACAAAUAAAGUUUAUAAGAAACGACUGCAAUAGAUCUACGUAAGAACAGACUAUAAAAUGAAAAUAUAAAUAAAAUUAAAACUUGCAGUAUAUAUAAAUGUAAAAAAAAUAAUUAAAAUAAAAUAAAAAUUAAUCUUAAAUUAAUAUUUUAGGAAAUAAAAAACAAAAAAUCGUAAAAAUUAGUUUUUGAUAUAAUAUAUAAAGAAAAAAAAAUUAGUUUUAUUUAGUUUUUUUGUUUAAUUUUUUAGAAAACUUAUAUUAAAAAAAUAAUACACAAUUAUUCUGUUUUCUUUAAGAAAAUUUACUUAAUUUUAUUUUAUUAUUUUUUUUUAACUUCGAAAGAAGAAAAUUGGCGAUAUUAAAAUUAAUAUUAUUUUUUCUUUAUAUAAAUAUUUUAAUUAAAUAAAUGUAAAUAUUUUUAAAUAUAAUUGAUUGCCAUAAUAUGAUUGUGUUAUUAAUUUUAUGUUUAAUGACUUUUCCACCAGACUAAGUCAGAGUUCGUGAAUUAUUAUAUAUUAAAAAAAAAAAAUAUAUAAAUAAAUAAAAAACACAUAGUUUCUCUUAUGUAUAAAUGUAUUAUUUAACAACAAAAAUAUUUAAACAUAACAAAAAAAAAAAAAACGAAAUUAAAUAAUUUAAUAUCUGAUGGUGUGUUGCACACCUUUUUACCUUGAACUAAACAACGUACAGUGAGUUAAUUGCCAGUGAAUGUUACAUGAAUUAGUUAAACUGAUGAAACAAACAGACAUUAAAACAUAUAACAAUUGCAUUGACAUUGUUAAAAAAAAAAAAUAUAAAAAAUUUGCAAUACAAAAAAUACAAUGUAAAAAAAAAUGUCUUAAACAUAAAACAUAAUAUAAAAAGAAACUACAAAAUUAAGGCUUUCUAAGAGCCAAAUCAACCCAUAUACGUAUUAGAUAAUAAGGCCAAAAUAUUAUUGUAGAUAUAAAUAUAUAUUAUAUAUUUUACUGAGUGAAUAUAAGAAUAUAUAGGAACAACAAAACAAAAAAAAAAAGUAAUAAGAAAACAACUACAAAAAAACCUAAACAAAAUACGUAGAAUAUGAAACAAUACACAUUUAAUAUACACCAUGUUACUAUUAUCUCCAAAAUUAAAAAUAAAUAAAAAAAAAAAC